UAUCUCUCUCUCAAUGGCGACCAUAAUACUCUGUUCUGUUAUGAUAUUAUUUGGCCAACAAUAACAGAUUGAUUGUUGUGUUUGGUUAUUUCCAGUGCUAGGAGCCGUUUCCAUGGACUAUCCCCUUAACUGGGCUCACCAGCAGGACCGAAAAGCUGAGGCUUUGGUCAACCACAGGAAAUUUGCCGAUGCCAUAAUUUGUCAUCAAAAGGCAUCAGAAUUCCUCCAGGAGGCUAUGAAGAUGACUCAAGUGAAACAGGCAUUAGUUUCCUUGCAGUUACAGAUAAACAGUCAUUGUCGACAGCAAAGAGUCCUGAGAGAAAAAUGGAAGCAAUGUCAAAUUGAGCAAGAGAGAAGAAAACAAGAGCAGGUGAAAAUAUUGCAAGAAAGGCAAAAUCAGGAAGCUGUUCAAAGUGAAAUUUCAUCAAAAUUAGAGGAGAAGACUUCUAAUGAAUCAGUUGAUGGGAAAAAUAAUACAGAAUGUUCACAAUCAAGUAGCUUGGUAAUAUCUGCAGAGAACUUUUCAGUAUCAUCCACAAGUUCAUCUUCUGAUUGUGCUGCUUCUAGAGAUGAAAAAUCAGUUGUAAAAGAUCUUGAAGGACAAGUCAGUGAAUUGCAAAUGCAGGUUCUUUCCCUCAGUCAGGAUUUGGAGGACUCUAACAGAGAGAACUCAAGGCUAAGGAAAGCCCUGGACAAUGUACGACAAUUUAUACGGUUCAAAUUUGGUUAUGACCUUGAGGAUGAAAUGUUUGCCAUUAAUCUUAUCAAGAGCCAGAAGGAAACUGACUCUGAGGCAAUUUCUCAUGAUACAGAAUUAAAUAUACCAGCUAAAAAUGACAAAAGGAUUGCAUAUGUACAGUCUGAUAAGGAUUAUGAAGAGUCAGACCAAGAAAUUAAAGAACUUGAAGAAAUUAAAGAACUUAGAGAAAUUAAAGAACUUGAAGAAAUUACAGAUUGUGAAGAAGAUAUAUCUCUUCCACCCUUAGAGACUCCCCAAUUUACCUAUGAAAGUGCAGUAGGACAUGAAGAAACCACUUAAUUUAGCCUGAGUUAUGAAAAGAUAGCCAGGGUUUGAGUGUUGGAUUUGAACUUGUGUCAACCAAAUUUAAUAGUUUGGCCCACAUAUUUUAGGCCUGUCAUUUUGAAUCUCUGCUAUUACAGGUAUUCUCAAAGGUACACAAACAUCAAAGGAAGACAAGAUCUUUAAACUAAACCUUUCCUUUGGUUACUCCUUUUUUCAUCUACCCUGGAAAUCCAUGUGUUCUUUAAUUUUUCAGCAACCCAAUUAGGAAGUAGCUGAAUAUUUUGGUGUGGUGGAAUCUCACUUAAUUCAAAUAGAAAAGCUAACAUGUUCUGAUUGUUAGGUAGAUAUGGCUUACCAGUAAAUACACUGUUAUUGCUUUCAAAGUUCUUAUAUUUUUUUAACACAAAUAUUUGUAGUUUUUGAGUCACAAUACAAAAUAAAUGAAAUAUGUUAACAGA